AACAGUUUGCUCAUACAUAAGAUUUGAAUGCGAGAGAUGGAAUGGUCGUUUUGAUUUCGUACGUGCAUCGUCUGUGUGGGGGUGAUUUUUGGUGAAGUGCGAUCGGUGAUUUUGAUUGAUUGAAUGACGAAAAUGAAGUACAACACGAUAAGCAGCAGCACUUUGACUGCCGAAGAGAAAAAAUCGACGUUCACAAUAUACGCGGACAUGGAUCUCAACAACAAGAGAUCCACGCCGGAUUCGGAGAUGGAGUCGGUGAGGGAAGAAUUGGAAAUCGUUCAAAAGGCUUUGAAACUACAAACAAAACGGUGCAGGCAACUUGUGGCCGAGUACACAAGGAAACUGCAAGAAAAGGAGCAGCAGUACUACAAUGAAAAAAUGCUGAGGGACGACCAGUUGGCGAAAGUUCUUAGGACUUUGCUUAUUUUUGAGGCGCGCUUAAAACAGGAGCAGAAGUACAUCAGUCAUCAGCUUAAUGAAAAGGAUUACAUUAUCAAAAAGCAGAAAAAUGACAUUAAAAAGUUGCUCUCCAAUCAAUACUGUAAAAAUUGCAAUCAGUAUUACACGAGUAGUCCGUUGCAGGAGAGCCUGGAUAGUAGUUCAGAAUACGUUGGAACGGAUUACCAGGAUUACCAAAGCUCCAACUUUGAAUCUUUGGACAGUAGCAGUGAAACUUACGCAACCUUAUCUGAAAAAGGUUAUAACUUGGACAAAUCGGAGAGCCCUUAUCUGAUGGAAGAUGGAAAGAUUGAAAGUGAUUCGAUGAAAAGUCUGUACAAGAAGAACAGAAUGAACUCUUACGGAAGACGAUCUAAAAAAGUACAACACAGAAAAAGCAUCGGGACGUAUUUUGAAGUUUUGAAGUUGCGGAAUGAGACAGAAAGUCCUGGAAGUAACGAGGAUAACACCAGCAAUGAUUACGAUAAUUUGGAAUCAUUGCCUCCUGAAAGUGUCACUGAUAAAAUCAGCCUAAUUUCCGAGAAUAUCGAAAAUAUAUUUAAUAAAAAACAAAACUCUAUAGAAGGUACAGAAUCAAGCCCAAAUGUUUCUUUGUCAGAGUGCAAUAAUACUGUAAUAGACAGAACUGUUGUGACUGCUAACGAACUAGACAAAAAUGACAAUCUGACUCCAGAUUUGGAAGAAAAUCUAUCAGAGAUGUCUGAAAGAAAGUACAACAACAUUUCUGAAAGCAUUCCAGUGUUCGAAACUGAAGGGGAGACAAACGAUAACUGGUACGCAAGCGCCAGUGACCAAGAAGAUGAAGAACACAGAGAUUUGUACAGAAACAAUCCAGUUUUAGAAUGCAUGAAUCAAAUUCUCCUUCAAAAUAUUAAUGACAACCUCUCAUCGCCUCCGAAGUCUCCUAACAUGGAACGAAAAUCAGUCAAAACCAAAAAGGUCAAGUUCAGUGACGAAGACAAAUUCCCGAAUCAAGACGUGCAACUCACCGAGCAGAACUUAAAAGAGAAACAGGAAACGAACGGUUCACAAGGAUAUUACGAAACACCAGUACAAAAACCACCGAACUUCUACGAAACACCGCAGAGCAUCUACAGCAAUGAUUACGAGCAAAUUUUAAGCAAGUGCAGCGAAUCAUUCAAUUCGGAUAAAAAUGAUGGUGGAAGUAAAAAACCUGAACAUCACUUUUACAUCGACAUGGACAAGCCGGAAAAGGAUGUGAUGGAAACGAAGCUAAUCAGGAAGUCCAAGAUAUUAAGAACUCCUCCUGCGUUGCCUCCAAAACCGGCUAAUCUUGUUUCAAAGUACAAGUUGCAAAAACCUAAGAAAGAUGAAACUAAAGAUAAACUCACUGAUACUAGUUCAGAACCAGAUUAUUGUUCCAUAUCUGAACUAAAUUUACCAGUGAACCAGUCGUUUAAGAAGAUAAACGUUGUUGCCGAAAUCAACUCUCCUUCAUCCAAUGACGUGAGAAAUAAAUUGGAGAAGAUAGAACAAUCACCAACAAUAAAGUCGCCAACAACAUCAGAAACGGGCGAUUAUGACCCAGUUAUGGUUAACGAUAAUAUUCCAAAUUUAGUUAUUAAAAAAUGUGUUGAAAAAUUCAACAUACAAAUGGCGAAGCAAACACCAAUCAAGUCUGAAGUUUCAACAGCAACGAUUAAUUUGAGAAGUGCUAAGAAAAACGAACCAGAGAUUCCAAAGUUGCCACAAGUGUCUGAGAUUAUAAUACCUGACGAGAAUGAGGAAGUUGAUGAACAGGAGGAGAGAAUUAGUCAUGACAACUACGUGAAGAACAAUUCGCAGAUUUUCAAACUUAAAUCUACCAAUAACGAUUUGAGGAGAUCGAUUGUGAUCGGUUCGUCGGUUUCAAGCAUCAUAACAGGUUUUAAUAAUCAACAGGUCUUAUCAGAGAUUAAGAAGAAGCCAGAGAGAAACAAAUUGGACAAGAAGUUGUUUUCCAGUUUUGAAAACUUGCAAAACUUGGACAAGCACUUAAGUCCAUCUAAUAAGACCGAGCCGGAGACUCCAAAUUUUGAGAACUAUGAUCUAAGUCAAAAUUUCGAGGAGUUCAAAUUGGACGAUUGCGAAAUUGAAGAGUACAAUGUUGACGAUGUCGACAUAAAAGAUGAGCCGACGCCACUACAAAACCCAAUAGUUGAAAACGCCGAGUCUCCUCCACCAAAAAUUCAAAAUGCAACAAGGGUAGAGCUGAUACGGGCUCGAGACGACAUAUUAAUACCACCGCUUAAUCGCAACUCGAUAGAACUGCUCAAAAAACAGCUGUCUUUACAAAAACACCAAGCUACCAAACCAUCACUUGAAGACAACGGCAAACACAUCAACGAACCAACGUACGAACACUUUUUGGAAUGUACGGGACUGAGUUCGAAGUCCAUUCUGAAUUCGUCGCGAUUGAUGGGCAACCAUCGGAAAAUGUUGAAGCCUAAAGAUGUCAAAUUGAAGUCGAAAAUAAGAAGCAACAACCCUUUGGAAAGAAACAGCACAAGUACUAUUAAAUAUUGGUCUGAACCGUUCAUUUAGAUUUAUUAAUUAUUUGUUUGUUAUAUUUUAAAAUGCGUAGUGUUGUUGAUUCGUCAGUCAUUUGGAAUAGAUUUUAGGUUUGUAUUACAUUACUAGUCUAUGUAUCAAUAAGAUUUGUAUGUAUUAAUAAAAUUAACAUUGAAACUAAUACUAUUACACUAUCGUUACUCAUUAUUUAUUUAGAAUUAAAUUAUUUUUUACCAAUUAAAAAUUAAGUAAUAUUUGUUGUUUAAUUGUAUGAAUAAAUAUAUACUAUUCGA